GUCUCCUUUGUUUAGAGAUUGGUUUUGGUGCUAGUGCUAGAAAAAAUGCCGAGCGCCUCUUUCACGGCCUCCAGGUCGUACGUAAGGAGGUCCCGCAGGAAGGGCGCUAACAGGAUCCCGACUCCUUCCAGGACCACGUCUGCAGAGCCAUGCGAACCUUCCUGUCCUGUACCUAACCAAAACAUUCCAGCACCUACGGCGGCCGCUCCGGGCUCUGGGGGGCCUUCAGCAAUGGCCCCUGGGACCAGCGGCGGCGCCAUUCCAGCCCAUCACUCUCCUUACGACCUUCGACGUAAGUCUCCGUCCCAUCACGACGGGCCGGGGCCCAGCACCAGCGCCGCGACGGCAGGAUCGCCCACUUCCCCGGCGACUCCGACGGCACCAGCACAAGGGUACACUUCCGCCAUGCUUCCGGCGAGGAAACGUCCAAGACGGACUUGUUCCGCUUCGUACGAGAAUUGUACAAACACAGCCGCUCAUUAUCUCCAAUACGAGCUGCCGGACGAAGUUUUGCUCACGAUAUUCAAUUAUUUACUCGAACAAGAUUUGUGUCGUGUGAGUCAAGUGUGUAAACGGUUUCAGGCCAUUGCGAAUGAUACCGAGAUUUGGAAACGCCUAUAUCAGAGUGUCUAUGAAUACGAUUUGCCCUUGUUUAAUCCGGCACCUUGUGUUUUCCAAUUUAUCAGUCCGGAGGAGUCUGAUUUGGCUAAUCCAUGGAAGGAGUCUUUCCGUCAGUUGUAUCGCGGGAUACACGUUCGACCAGGUUAUCAAGACUUGACGUUCAAAGGACGCAAUCUUGUGUACUUUAAUACGAUACAAGCGGCUUUAGAUUAUGCCGAUGAACGUAGUGGUAGUAAUAGUACGAGCGGUUGUCUCUUGGUCAAUAAUAAUCACACUGAGGGUACCACUCAAGGCGCACUCAUAUUUCUACAUGCCGGUACUUAUCGUGGAGAGUUCCUCGUAAUCGACGACUCAGACAUUGCUCUUAUAGGUGCGGCACCUGGGAACGUGGCCGAAUCCGUGAUACUAGAACGAGAAUCCGAAUCGACGGUGAUGUUCGUCGAAGGUGCAAAAAACGCCUACUGUGGCCAUCUUACGUUGAAAUUUUCACCUGAUGUCACAUCUACAGUACCUCACCAUAAACAUUAUUGUCUCGAAGUUGGAGAAAAUUGUAGUCCGACUAUAGAUCAUUGCAUUAUACGAAGCACAUCAGUUGUUGGUGCGGCCGUUUGUGUGAGUGGUGCCGGCGCAAAUCCCGUCAUACGUCAUUGUGAUAUAAGUGAUUGUGAAAAUGUCGGCUUGUACGUCACCGAUUUUGCCCAAGGAACGUAUGAAGAUAACGAGAUCAGUCGGAAUGCAUUGGCUGGUAUUUGGGUGAAAAAUAACGCGAACCCGAUCAUGCGUCGUAAUCACAUACACCAUGGAAGGGACGUCGGAAUAUUUACGUUCGAUAGUGGAAUGGGUUAUUUCGAAGCCAACGAUAUUCAUAAUAAUCGAAUUGCCGGUUUUGAAGUGAAAGCAGGCGCGAACCCCACCGUAGUCCAAUGUGAGAUCCAUCACGGCCAAACCGGCGGUAUCUACGUCCACGAGAACGGUCUCGGUCAAUUCAUCGAUAAUAAAAUCCAUUCGAAUAAUUUCGCCGGAGUUUGGAUCACAUCAAAUAGCAAUCCGACGAUACGUCGUAACGAAAUCUACAAUGGGCAUCAAGGUGGUGUUUAUAUUUUCGGAGAGGGGCGCGGUUUAAUCGAACACAAUAACAUCUACGGUAACGCAUUAGCUGGCAUUCAAAUAAGGACUAACAGUGACCCCAUCGUGCGUCACAAUAAAAUCCAUCACGGCCAACACGGCGGCAUCUACGUUCACGAAAAAGGUCAAGGCUUAAUCGAGGAGAACGAAGUGUACGCAAACACACUAGCUGGGGUGUGGAUAACAACGGGGAGUUCACCGGUUUUGAGACGAAAUCGGAUCCAUUCCGGCAAACAAGUCGGCGUUUAUUUCUAUGAUAAUGGUCACGGAAAGCUCGAAGAUAACGAUAUUUUCAAUCACCUUUAUUCGGGCGUCCAGAUCCGGACUGGGAGCAAUCCGGUGAUUCGCGGAAACAAGAUUUGGGGCGGACAAAAUGGGGGCGUUUUGGUCUACAACGGCGGGCUCGGUUUGUUGGAACAGAACGAGAUUUUUGACAAUGCCAUGGCCGGAGUUUGGAUCAAGACCGAUUCAAACCCCACACUUAAACGUAAUAAGAUUUUUGACGGUCGUGACGGAGGAAUUUGUAUUUUUAACGGUGGGAAAGGGAUUUUGGAAGAGAACGAUAUUUUCCGGAAUGCGCAAGCUGGUGUGCUCAUUUCGACGCAGAGUCAUCCGAUUUUGAGACGGAAUCGGAUUUUCGACGGUUUGGCCGCAGGCGUGGAAAUUACGAAUAACGCAACGGCCACACUUGAAUCUAACCAGAUUUUUAAUAAUCGGUUCGGGGGCUUGUGUCUGGCGAGCGGUGUGCAACCAAUAGUGAGAGGGAAUAAGAUUUUUAAUAAUCAGGAUGCGGUGGAGAAGGCUGUAGCGAAUGGACAGUGUCUCUACAAGAUUUCGAGUUAUACGUCGUUUCCGAUGCACGAUUUUUACAGGUGUCAGACUUGUAAUACGACGGACAGGAAUGCGAUCUGUGUGAAUUGCAUCAAGACGUGUCAUGCAGGACAUGAUGUGGAGUUUAUCAGACAUGACAGAUUCUUCUGCGAUUGUGGGGCUGGUACGUUAACAAAUCAGUGUCAGUUGCAAGGAGAGCCAACCCAAGACACGGACACUCUGUACGAUUCGGCUGCUCCUAUGGAAUCUCACACCUUGAUGGUCAACUAAGGUUGUCGUCUCUCUAAUUGUUUUUUAAUCGCCGUACUAAUUUAUUUCAAAUCGACGAAAGUGUUCAGAAACAGUGUUUAUUACUUUCUAACAGACGAAAUAUUCAAUAUUGUGUUUUUUUAAUGCACAAAUUCAUGUUUCGGUGUAUGAGAAAUGCUUAGCAAUAUAUUUACAGCAGUUUACACACCAUUUUUAGAGUUAGACAAUCAACACAGGCGCUUCCAAAGACCAAAAUUUUGUUUGUUUUUUUCAGAAAUUAAGGAUUGUUUUUAAAUUCAUCGUGUUUUGUUGUUUACCAAAGGUAACGAAUGGCACAAUUAUACAUUCUUUUUUGUAUUUAUUCAAUGAUAUUGGUAAUAAAAGUAGUUUUUUGUUUAAUGUUUUUUUUGAAUCUCAAAGAUUAAAAGGAUUAUGCACCACAUUUUAAGCAAUAUGGUUAAUUUCUUUCACGGUUUGGUCAGUCACGAAUACGUUAUUUUUUUGAAUAGAAAAAGUUAUAACAAUUAUGAUGAUUAAUAAGAUUUUGUACAGGUUAUUGUUAGAAUUUGAAAAAUAUUGCUGUUUAUGUUUAAGUUUAUACUUAAGUUAAUUACUGUUAUUAUUUUUUAAUUAUUUAUUUUAUUUAGUUUAGCGUACAAGAAUGGAUAUGCGGUCUUAAUGACUGUUGUAUGAAUUUUUGUUUUCUCCAUAUUGUAUUAGUGAAGAUAGCUUUAAAUAAUAUCUGAUGUAAAUAAGGUUGUGCGGAGACAAGUUGAGAUUCAGAGUGUUGUGCGGAUGACGAAAAGUUGUGUUUAUAUAAAAACGAAACAACGUUGUUGCAUGUGUGACAAAUAAUGUAAAAAAUCAGUAUUUAAAUUCGCGUUUGUUUUUUAGGAAAAUUGGUUGUUUGAUAGAAAUGUGUAAGUUAAAUGUGUAUGUACGUUGUAUAUAAUAAUUAUUACAAAAAUGCAAUCAAUAAUUUAACCGAGAGCUUUCAAGAUAUGAUUUCACAAUUUCAUAACAGGCCGACCAAUCUUUUGAACGUUUAAAAAACUCAAAUGGGACGCCUGUACUGUUAUAUAUUGUAUAGGUACAAUAAAUAAAGUGCAGUUUUUAAACUGGUGCCAUAUUCACAUUUACACAUUUAUCAAGUAGUUGGAAGGAAUACCCAUAGAUUUAAUUAUGUAAGACAUAGUGUAAUUCUUUUUAUACCAUUUUCUUACGUUGACUGAUGUAUACAUAGUGACAAAAACUUUAUUUAACUCUUGCCACGGUUGGGUGAAAACGUUGGGUGCAACGAUGAACGGUAUUGUGAUUUUUUUCUAGGUAGACGGCGAAAGUUACACGAAUUCCAGUUAUUUUUAAGAGUGACUCUUUCCAAUUGUUUUUUUAUUUAUAGUUGUUUGUGGAAGAGGGUUUUGAUUUUUUAUACAAAAAUCGCUCAGAUUUGUAAAUUAAAAACUACUCAAUACAACCCUACUUAUAUAUUUAUGUUUUGAUAUGACUGAUGUCUGUGUAUAUCAUGUUUGUAAAAUACUGUCCUUUUCUAUAAUUAUACUAAUUCUAAAUUUAAGUUAGAUAAGUAUUACUUAAGUGUCAGGCUUAUAGAACAACUGACAAGGUCUUUUCGUAGAUAGCUAGCACUGUAUUGUACUGUGUACAUUAUAUAAAAAAAUAUAUGGCUAAUUAAUUGAAA